GGAAAGGAAAAGGGAAGGAAAAAAGCAUGUUGAAAGUACAAUUUUUACUUCUGUUUCUCCUCGCCUCUUGCCUAGCCAGCGAAAAUAUAAAAGAUCCUUCGAAGGAUUCAUCCCAGCAUUCUGAUCACAUCCAUGAACACGAUAAUCAUGAGCACGAUAGCCAUGAACACGAUGACCAUGAUCAUCAUCAUGACAAAGAACAAACCAACAAUACUCAAACGGAUAUGAAAACAAUUGAAACGGACAUGAAAACAACUGAAACGGACAUCAAAACAACUGAAAAGAAAGAAGAGGAAGUAGUUACAGAGCCAAAUGUUGACAUUCCUCAUGUACAGAAAAGUCGUCAAUUCCAACCUUUGUAUCAACCAUUUUUUCCUCAACCGUCCGGCGGCUUCAAUAUGAUUCGUCGUCAAUUCGGUGGUGGCAUGGAUCUACUGGGUGAUAUUGUUAUGAUGGGUAUGAUUGGCUUACCAAUCUUAGGAUUGCUUACAGUUGGAUCAUCAUCCAUCGCUAAUUUCUUAGGAUUUGGUUCCAAACCUUCCUCGAAAAGAAGCAGACGGUCGCUUAAAGAAAAAGCUGCUGGUGCUGUAGAAUAUGCUAAGAAUUUAUGGGGUGUUAUGGAAAAAUUGGAAAGAGCGUUUGAGAAAUAUGAUCUUUAUCAGGCUGAAUGCAGACUUCUUGCCGUGUGUGAAGUUCAUCAAAAGAAUUCAAGACUAGGAGCUUGGGGACAAACAAUCUUUGACUUAAUGAGAAGGCAAAAGGAAUUGGAAAAAGAAGAAAUUCUACCAGUUUCAAGGUUUAUUUUCUCAAAUUAUGCUGAUGCAGCUGAUGUAGGAAGCAAAGGAGGCAAUUGCCGACAAUUAUUUAAUGAAUGUCCAUCAUUUUUUCAUGUCAGUGACAAAGAAAAUGAAGUCGAAUGAAAAACAAUCCUUUUCAACCUCAUCCUUUAUUUAUUAAUUCAUUUCCAUUGCAUCCAAUUUAUUUUAUGAAAUAAAUAAAAAGUUUUAUGUUUGUGAA